UAUAUGUCCCUGAUGAGAAUCUCUCUGCCGCAUGGGCGUCCUCGUUUCAGAGCAAUUAUCUGGCAAGCGCAUCAUAGACAGUUCCGCCGAAAGGCUUCCUCCGCCGCGAAGGAAAGCCCGGAAUCUCUCGAACCACUCGUCCAAGAUGUCCACCUCCGAAAAGCGAGCAAUCGCCCUCUUCCAAUACCCCCGGUGCUCAAGCCCAUGGCUGCUUCAAUCAAGCCGCCAUGGAAAGAGCCCAAGCCAGAUCCCGACCUAAAUAAUCUCACUCCUUUUCAAAAGAAGCUCUACCAAAAUCCGUAUGCUCAUGCACUCGCGACGCCCGUUAGACUCUGCUCCGCUACGCUCUUGCGACUGCCAUCAGAUCUCCUACUCUCAAUGCAAGUUAAACUGCAUCCUACCACCGAGGCGCCAUGGCUUGUUCCCGCAGCCCUUGCCUCCAAGUCCAAUAAUCACGGCGUACCAGUACGAUACUUGGCCCAGGAAUCAAUGAUAUUAUACCUUACUCGCAACAAAAGAGAGCCCUGGAAAUACACUCUUCCCCUCCGAAUCGUCGAAAAUCUCGGCUCCGCAAUUAAGAAAUUAGUCUGGCGUGAAGACAUGCCUGCUUUGCUCCUGUCUAUUCUUCGGAAACAACUAGUGGCCAACCUUCGAUGGUUUUUUGGCAAAACAUCAAAUCACUUAGUUCCAUGUGAAAGCCAGAGCCCAACCGAUGUCGACCACAUUGACGAUGUCUCUUGCAUUCUGUGCCUUCGUACUUUGACAACUGGGGUGGACCAUCUCCAUACCGAGCUGACACAAAUCGUGCUGAAGGCUGAACAGAGUGCAGACAAGAUCUCCAAGAGACACCGGCAGACGUACGACACCAGUAAAACGAGUUCUGAUCCACCUCCGCACGUUCCUCGUCUGAAGCCUAGCCUACGAUUCCCCCCGCUUCACUUCCCUACGGCUGUCUGGAGAGGUAGACGUGUUCCAGUUUACAGUCUUAUUGACCUACUCGGCGAAGAGCAUCUAGCUGAGCUCAUAAAGGACACGAAGUUCCAGGAUGAGAAAAAUGUCGUAGUCAUGAGAGAAUCUCGAAUUGCAGUCUCGGCGCAAAUUAAGUUAAUGCAACUCCAAGCGUACUUAGCGAAGCCUAUGCCUUGACAGGAUCAUUGGAAAAGGCAAAGACAGAAUCGGGCCUCGCUCAUUUAUUCACAUGCCAGGGGAGCAGCUUUGGGGAAACUAAUGAUACUCCGAUGCAGCAUUUCGCGUCAUGUAUAAACUCCAUCGAGUUCUGAUCGUUGCCUGUGGAACAGACACCACAAAACAGCGUGCAGUUGGGCUGAGAUGGUCAGAGCGAAUUCACAAAGCCUAUCCCUUAACCCGUCGAGGCGCAACGCUCGGGCUAACGCCAAGCGAACAUCAUUCUGGCAGCUGGCGUAGGAAGGGCAAAGGAUCAGUGAGGAAAGCAUCAGUUGUAUUGAGGUGCUAAUGAGUGGCUAUAUAGUGAAGAGAGACCAGGGGUUGCAGGCAGCAACGGUGACAAAACAACAGGUGAACCCUGUCCAGCUGAGAAGUGAACCCUGUACAGCUGAGACGCGUAGACAGACGUGCGUAGGAGCAUUCUAACUGGCUGCCACA